AUGAAUGGUGAAAAUUCUAUAUUGAAAAAAAUUUGUGGAAAAAUUCAGUUGGUUAAUGAAAUAAAUAAUUCAUUAGAUUCUUUUUAUAUUGUUCAAUGGGGUGAUAAUACUGGAUCAAUUACUCUUCAAUCUUUCAAUUCUUUAUCCAAUUACAUUAAUGAUGUUGUAAUAUUUGAAGGAAAAUUAGCAUGUCAAUAUUUUUCAAAUAGACAUCAAGAUAAUUCAAAUCAAAUGUCAAAUGAUCAAGCUGCAUUUAUUAUGAAUAAAGUAUCACAAUAUAAAAAUUAUGACAACAUUCAUGUUGAUACACCUGUUAUCACUGAAAUAGUUUCAAACACCUCUAAUAAAUCAUGUGAAAAUAAUCAAUCAAAUUUUAUUUCUACUUCUUCUUUAAACCAAAAUAAUGCUUUAGAGAUAAAUUCUUUUUCCAGAAAAUCAUCUAUUCAUUUUGAUAAUGAAUUUAACGACUACAAUAAUAUGGAUAAUGAUGAAGAAAUUCCUACUUUAGAGAAUACAUGUAGUGUUUUUGAUAAUGAUUUUCACAAUGAAUUUUAUUAUUUAAUGACUGCAGAAAAGAGAAGUUUUAAUUCUGAAAUCACGAACAAUAAUUUACAUUUUAAUAAAACAAAUAAUGAUUUUAAUUUGCUUAAAGAAAGUGAUAAAUCACUUUCAUUUGCUGAAAAUUUUGUUGAAAAAAAUCCUAAAUCUUCUGAAUCAUGGAGUUCUGUUGCUAAACAAAUUGAAAUAUUAACUGAUUGUGGCAAUUUUAUAAAUUAUCAAAAUAAUUGGUUUAAGUAUAUAAAAGAAGACGCAGAGAAAAUUGGUGAUAAAAUUAACUGGGAAGAUUUGGAAAUAAUAAGUGAAAUAAAUUACGAAUCUAAGCAUUAUUUUGUAGGCUAUAAUAAAGAAAGUAAACUUAUGACUUUAAUUGAGACUCACCAAAUUCCGGAAUCCCAAUUAUAUAAAGUUACCGAUCUUCAAAAAUUAUACAAAUUUUAA